UUUAUUUUUAGUUAACUACGUAAAGUUUAAAUAUUUUCAACUGUUUGUAUCUAUUUUAUACUUAUCAAAUCAAGUCUACUACGGUUUCAACCAAAAUGCUGAAAGAAAAUAAAGUACUGUCUAUCAGUUUAUUUGUGACAUUAUUAAUCGCACAAUGUUCGACCACGCAAAUGAAACAUCUGAAUGCCAAUUUCUUCUCUCAAAAAUUAAGCCAAAAUCUACAGAUUCAAUACAAUGAUCACAUGACGCGAUUGCGUCGAUCAGCCAACGUUCAAUCGUUGCCCACAACGGCAGGAAUGAAAUUCAAAGUCGGGGCAUGCGCGAUUGAAGAUUUCUUAGAAAAUGCUCAAAAUUGUUCUCGAGUAUUUUACUCUUCUGUAAGGAACAGUGAGUCAUCUCGAACUGAUUGUGGAAAAGAAUAUACCAAAUUGCGGAAAUGUAUGCUUGCUACUAUAACCAAUUGUAUCAAAGAUUCAAGACUGGCCACACGUCUUAACGAGGCAGACGAAAAGGAGAUAACACGCAAUUUUCUCGUCUUUUUAGGUGAUGAGAAAUUUUGGUGCGAUAAAGGAGGCUUGGGAAUAGCAAGCGAUUUUCUUCCUUCCGGGUCAAUGUGCGACCCAGUCUUUUAUCAAGUUAGCGAAGGAUGUACGUCUACUUACAGCAGAUUGUUUAAUUCAACAGCCUCAGAUCAAAAAUUAUGCAGAGAAUACAAAAAAGCGAAGAAAUGUUUUCUGCAGACAAUAUUUCAGCACUGUUCUUUCAGUAGAAUGUUAUUUCAAAUGUUGGAGAUCAUGAUUGAAUUCACAGCUGACUUCCAGCCGUUUUGUAAGAUAACACCCGAGGAAGAGCGAUUAAAAUUUGAAGAUCUAUUUUUGGAAAAAACCUGCCCACCCCACUCUCUUGCCGAUAUAGCGUUUGCAUUGGACGUUACGAACGGAACAACAAGAAGACAAUUUAUAUCAAUGAAACGUAUGGUCGGAGGACUGAUAAAAAGAAUGAAUUACGGUUGGAAUGGAAUUCACGCCUCAGUUUUUCAAUUUGAUCUCCAACUACGAACGGCAAUAAAGUUUGGAAGGUCACCAACAAAGCUUCUCAUUCAAAGAAAGAUCCAGGCGAUGCGCCGCACUUCAACUACGUCAAAAAAUAAGAUAAGGCGAAUGACUGGGAGAUCCUUGUCAUCGCUAGCAAGAGGAACCUUUUCACCAAACAAGGAUGGCGAUGUUCUUUUGAAAAAAACCUGGAAGUCCGGACAAAGACCUCACAAUACUGCUGUUGCAUUUGUGUUAACAACGGGACCCAGUUCUGAUUCUGUAAUUCAAAGUUUACAAUUACUGAAAGACAGGAACGUACACGUAGUGUUUGUUGGACCCUCAGCGCUUGAAAUUCCUUCUAGCAGUAAGAAGUUCAACACCGUACCGAACAGAUUAAUUAACACAGAUUUCAAAUUUAAACAAGUUAAAGCAACUGUAGAAGAAAUGGUGGAAGAAGUUUGCAUUGCUGACAGACAAAAACAACUUGAAGACGGGGCUAUUCUUGCUGAAGGACAGGCCCAGAAUUCAAGAUGGAGCUCGAUUCAAAGACUGCUGGAACGUUUCGGGGAAUAUGAUCUUUCACUCCUUUUCGAAUUGAAUCCAAUUGUGGCGCCCACGAGGACGACGACAGUAGUACCAAUUGUCGAUGUUUCUACCCCAUUGACAGGAAUCAACCCGUUCAACCCAUCUGAAGGAGGAGGAAUGGACGGCGACAAUUAUUGGGAAAAUAUUCCACACAUUGCAGAAACCGGAAAACCGUUGCCGACCAUUGAUUACCCUGGAAAAUGGCCUUUUGACUUGACCGAACAAGAUCUACUAAACUUCUACUAAAUG